AUGUCCAAUGGCACCACCAACAGUGUCUCGAGUACCAAAAGGGCGCAUCCCUAUUUCCACUUCCUCGCCGGCCUGACCUCCGGCGUAUCCAGCGCCGUCCUCCUCCAACCCGCCGAUCUCCUCAAGACGCGUGUCCAGCAGUCCCGUUCCUCCUCGCUCCUCGCCGUCCUGAAAACGAUCCUCUCUGGCCCGCAUCCCGUCACGAGUCUCUGGCGAGGAACCAUCCCGUCGGCACUGCGAACAGGCUUCGGGUCAGCAUUAUACUUCACAUCUCUAAGCUCCUUGCGCCAGAUCCUCGCAAACACCACCACCACCUCCGGAGAUGGCGCGGCAACAACAACACCCUUCACCAAAUCCAGCUCCGUCCUGCCCAAGCUGUCAAACACACAGAACCUGAUCACCGGCGCCAGCGCCCGUGUCUUCGCAGGCUUCGUCCUCAUGCCCUUCACCGUGAUCAAAGUCCGGUACGAGUCGGACCUGUACUCGUACAAAUCCAUAGCGUCGGCUUCGCGCUCGAUCUACGCACAGGAAGGUCUGAAGGGCUUCUUCACCGGGUUCGGCGCAACGGCUGUACGCGAUGCCCCCUACGCGGGACUCUACGUCGUCUUCUACGAGGCGUGCAAGACGAGGCUGAACAACCUCGCAUCCACUGCGGCGACGACGUCGACAGAUGGCGGUGGCAGAGGUCAGCAUGCGUCGUUCGCAUCCUCCGCGACGAUCAAUGCCUCCAGCGGAGUCAUCGCGGCGGGACUGGCGACCAGUUUCACGAAUCCUUUCGACGCGGUCAAGACGAGAUUGCAGCUUAUGCCGGGCAAGUACAGAAAUAUGGUGAGCGCGACGAGGCUCAUGCUGAAAGAGGACGGUGUCAAGGCUUUCUUCGAUGGAUUGGGCCUGAGGAUGGGCAGGAAGGCGCUCAGUUCGGCGCUCGCAUGGACGGUCUAUGAGGAGCUGAUUGGACGUGCGGAGCGUUUUGUUUCCCGCCGGGACAUGGAGAGGGCGGUGGUAUGA